CAUAAUAAUAUUUACUGUAGCACUGAAUUUACGUCUGUAGAUUAUUCGGUAAAUUUGAUUGCUAAAACGUUAAUAAUCGACCAAAUGAGCAGCAGAACUAUAAGAACUGUUCAGCUCAAACAAAUUCAUCAUGAAGGAACAAUAACAGAGCGAGAAAAUGUUCACAAGAAGGUAUUCACCAAAUGGUUGAAUUCUCACUUAUCAAAGGCCAACCCACCAAUCAGAGUGGUCAAUUUGAUUAGCGAUCUUUCAAAUGGCAGUGUAUGGCUUAAUCUGUUUGAUGUACUCCUCAACACCAAAACGGAGAAAGAAAGUGGCCGUUCACACUUGCAUAACAUCGCCAACCUACAAAAAGCUUUGGAAAUUUGCCAGAAAAGCGAGAUUAAAAUCGAGGGUAUCAAUGCAUCGGACAUCGCCGAGGGAAAUAGUAAAACAAUUCUUGGCCUUCUAUGGAAUAUUAUCGUGCACUUUCAGAUGAAGGGUACAUUAAAAGCAGACUCCAAGAACUACAGCAUCGAGAAGAAUUUACAAUCCUGGUGUCUUACACAGCUAGAUAAGUACAAAGAGUUUGCCCAAGUGAAGGAUUUUACCACGAGCUGGAGAGACGGCAAGGCCUUUAAUGCUGUUCUACACUCCUACAAGCCUGAUCUGUUUGAUUUUUCACACAUCAUGACAAUGGACAACAUUAGUCGAUUAGAACAUGCCUUUACGAUGGCUUCCUUAGAAUGGAAUGUGCCACGACUAUUGGAGCCCAUUGAUGUCGACAUUGAAAAGCCAGACAAGAAAAUGAUUACCAUGUACCUAACAUGCCUCUACGAGCGACUCGAGUCAUAUGACAUUGGUAUGCGUCAAUCACAGCGCGAGGUUUCUUCUACGUCAUCAGUCAGUCAUCAAUAUGUCACGAAAAAAUCCAUCAGACUGAGUUCCGUCUCGUCUGAUAUUUCAAGCUCCUCAUCCAGCACGGAACCUCUCUCGCCGACAUCUACAUCUCUGGAGAUUGAGCCACAUGAAGAAAUCCUCAAAACUUCCACAACUACAGUAGAUGCUCCUUCAUUCGAGACAGAUUUAUCCAGACGUGUCAAGCAUUCCGAGAUGUACACACUGUCUCCAAUCUCAUCAGAUGAAGAYACUUCCCCAUUGCUGUCUAGUCAUCUUAGAGGAGACACAGACUCAGAUAGCACUACCUCCACCGACACUGUUAUUCACGUUGAGACCGCCACAGCUGGUAAAACCACAACCACUACUACUACUACCACACGUAGAAUACAGUUACGGGGAGCAACCCAGAGUGAAGUAGAUGGAGCUGGGGAGACGACUACAACGACAGUGAUUAGUGAGACAUACUUAGUUGACAUGCCUGGGGAAGCAACUAAGAAGAUAACAUACCAAUCAGGGACAGCACAGGAUCUACCUAUCGAGGACAAGUUAUCUUCUGAGUGCGAGUCGAUACUUGAAACUACAGAGGGCUUGGACAAAUCUUUUAGCGUUAUGGAAGAUCAGAACAAGAUUUUAGAAGAUCAGUUGAUGGAAGCAGCCAUUGCCCUGUCGGAUCUUGAACCACGUUUAAAAAUGAGGCAAUCUGGUGAAGAUGUAAAGGAACUGAUUGAAGAACGUGAGCAGCUUCAGUUUAAGGUAAACCAGGUCCUACUUACUGGCCGUAAGAUGGUGUUGGAUAGAGUCCUUGAAGUUGAUAAAGAAUCUAUCUUAAUUGAAAAACUGGAUACACUGGAACGCAGACUGAAGCUGCUGAUGCUGUGGCCUAUCAGGGAUAUUAGAAGUUCUUCUAACUACAACAAGCUUCUGGAUGACAAGCUCAAAGUAGUUGAGGCGGCUGUCUUUCACCUUGAACCCAAAGUCAAGAAAUCAGUCAUCACCAGAGAUAUUAAGGCGUUAGCAAAGGAGCGUGAAGAUCUUGAAUUCAAAUCAAUUGUAAUAGUUGAUCUCGGUCGUGACUUGAUCAAGAACAAACAGAUUGACGAGGACAAGGAGAUGGUUUUCAUCAAGAGAAUGAAUCAACUGGAGACAAAGAUCAGGCUGAUCAUGAUGUGGCCGAUAAAAGAACUGAACAAACUGGCCUUCUCAAGUACUUCAAACUACAGCACAUAUUUGAAGCACAAGUUUGAUGAAGCAGAAUCAGCUAUGACAAACAUUGAGCCACGUAUCAAGAAAUCCUACAUGAACAAUGACAACACGGAUUUGAUUGAAGAAAGAAGUUAUCUUUACCUGAUGGUGCAAGGAGCUACAGGACUUGGUCACAGCAUGAUCGAACACAGGCUGCUUGACAGGAAGGAAAAGAAGGAUUUCUUACAGCGAAUGGAAAAGCUGGAGCAAAAAUCAAACCUGCUGAUGGCUUGGCCAAUACGAAUGAACAGAACUCCACUGGACAAAUUUCUACUGAACAAUUUGGAAGAGGCUGAAUCUGCUAUUGAAAACAUUGAACCAAGAAUUGAAAAUGCUGAUGUGUUCCAUGACAAUUCGGUAAUUUUAUCAUAA